CUGAAUGGGCUUUGGUCGCAAACUGUUGAAAACAAACUUUGACUUUGCAUGGAAAGUUUAAAAAUGUGCAUGCAUGCAUUAUUGUUGGUAUUAGUAAUGAAAACUACCUAUCUGGGAGAUCCUCUCAUCUAGGAAGGGCAUUAGCUUUAGUGAGACUGAUUGACCCCGCUGAUUCCCUUACCUGCCACAAGUUUUGUGAUUAUACUUGUGAUUUACAAGAGUUUAAGGGAUACCAAAUCGAAAUUGGACGAAAGGCUGGGAAAAGCCGCGGGUGGUCAGCCGAGAGGAAGGAAAAGGGGGAGAGGGUCAUUGUCGAAAACUGAAGGCAACGCUUGCAGAAAAAGUGCUAAAAAGAAUACAAACUUGCUCAGUACUGGGUCCCAUUGCAGAAUUCGUUAGGGAGGAGAGUGGAAUGUCAAUGAAAUGAGUGCGAUAGAAAUCGCUGCUUAUCCAAGAUAGUUUCUUACACGGUCCAUUUAUUACCUAGUUAUUAUCGGAGUUACGUCUCCUUUAGCGUAUUAAGCAAUUUCACUUUCUAGUUUUGUGAUAACCGCUUUGGCCCUUUCCCUCACUUUCUGGUUCUUGAAAGAGGGACACCCCCUCUCAUUUUUCUAAAAAGAGAUGGUGGGAGAUUAUCCAUUGGUUUACUUUGUAAUCUGUUGAAGUGUUCAGCUGCUUGAAUUUCUUAAAAAUAGUUUUGAAGUGAACUCAGAACUUGUUGUCCUGCAUUGUCAUUCUCCUGAUAACACUUUUUUUUUUUUUUAAACUGGGGGGAAAAAAGACAAAAAAAGCUUGUGCAAUCUAUUUAUUUGGGAUUUCAAAUGUUCAAGUCUGCUGAAUUCCAUGUUAUGAAUGGAUUUCACCAAGUUCCUUUAAGUGUACUGCCCCAUUACUGCUUUCAAAGGUUGCGCAAAAAGGGGGGUGGGGGGGGGAGUGGAGAGCUUCAUUUUAAGUCCUCUAAGCUUUCCUGUUUACAGCUUAGACUGCUGUUGGCCUCCCUUCGCACACCUCACUGGAGCCUCACACUAGUGAUCUUCACUGCACACCUGCUUCUAGAGGAUGCUAUUAAUAGGGUGAAAAGAAUGAUUUAGUUUAUGAGCUGAUUUUCUUGAGAAAUUCAUAACAAUUAGGGCCGCGGUCUUCGAGGCCCCCUCAGCAGGGGAAGAAGGGCUGUGCAGAAAGGACUGGCCAGCGCGCACUGUACCCGCUGGGCAUCUCAGCCUCGCUCGACUUUGCCCUCUAGCGUCCAGCGGGGGAGGUGACGCAUUGCUCUGCUGCUGCAGGCUUUUCUCCCCGCACUAUGGGCUCCACCAGUGUGCCGUCGGUCAAGGCCUUUCCCAGCUCGGUCUCCGACUAUGUCAACUAUGACAUCAUCGUCAAGCAUUACAACUACACGGGCAAGCUGAACCCCAGCGCGGAGGGAGGCCUCAAAGUGACCUCGGCGUUAUUCAUCCUUAUCUGCUGCUUCAUUAUCCUGGAGAACAUUUUCGUCCUCCUAACUAUCUGGAAAACCAAGAAGUUUCACCGGCCCAUGUACUAUUUCAUUGGCAAUUUGGCCCUGUCGGACCUGUUGGCCGGGGUGGCGUACACAGCCAACCUCCUUCUCUCCGGGGCCACCACUUACAAACUCACCCCAGCGCAAUGGUUCCUGCGGGAGGGCAGCAUGUUCGUGGCCCUGUCGGCCUCGGUGUUCAGCUUGCUGGCCAUUGCCAUCGAGCGCUACAUCACCAUGCUAAAGAUGAAGCUGCACAACGGGAGCAACAGUUUCCGUUCCUUCCUGCUCAUCAGCGCUUGCUGGGUCAUCUCUCUGAUUCUGGGGGGCCUGCCCAUCAUGGGCUGGAACUGCAUUGGCUCCUUGCACAGCUGCUCCACCGUGCUGCCCCUCUAUCACAAGCACUAUAUUCUCUUCUGCACCACCGUUUUCACCCUACUCCUGCUCUCCAUCGUCAUCCUCUACUGCCGGAUCUAUUCUCUGGUCAGGACUCGGAGCCGCCGGCUGACCUUCCGCAAGAACAUUUCUAAGGCGAGCAGGAGCUCCGAGAAGUCCCUGGCGCUCCUUAAGACGGUCAUCAUUGUCCUGAGUGCUUUCAUUGCCUGUUGGGCUCCGCUUUUCAUCUUGCUUCUUCUGGACGUAGGCUGCAAGGUGAACACGUGUAAAAUCCUCUACAAGGCGGAGUAUUUCUUGGUGUUGGCGGUGCUGAACUCGGCCACCAACCCCAUCAUUUACACGCUCACCAAUAAGGAGAUGCGGAGGGCCUUCGUCCGCAUCAUGUCUUGCUGCAAGUGCCCAAGCGGAGACUCGGGGACCAAGUUCAAGCGGCCCAUCAUUGGCGGCAUGGAGUUCAGCCGGAGCAAAUCCGACAAUUCUUCCCAUCCGCAGAAGGACGACGGUGACAACCCGGAGACUAUCAUGUCCUCUGGGAACGUGAAUUCCUCCUCCUAAAACUGAACUCUGCCGCAGGCCUACGGGGGGUGCUGUGCUGACACCUCCCCCUCCCAACCCCAUACUUUGUUGGAAAAGUUCUAGGGGGGCUCCAGGGCGCGAUCCAACCCCACCCCGACGGGUGGUGCCGCAGGGCCCUAGGAGGCAAGGGAGGGAGGGAAGGAAGGAAGAGCCAAAAGAGCCAGCGUCGUGGUGCUGGUGGGCGGUGGCGAGUUUUGGUCCACGCGAACAAUGCACCGGGAAGGGUGGAGCUCUGUCCCAGAGAGACAGACUGUCCUGGCUCGGGAUACAUUUCCUCCCUGGAACUUGUUUUGACUUUGCACUGAGUCUGACUAAGAUCUAACAUUGUCAGGCUCCUGAAAAUUUCGGUUGGCUACUCCAUGAAGUCUUGAUCCAUGUUCUUAUGUGAAAGCGUCUGUCUGGGUCUUAGGGCUUUCCUUGGUUGGGAGUGGGAAACAAAUAGAAGUUGGUUCCUUCUGCCCUAGUUUCUGUCAAGAAGGUUUGUAUCCCCAUCACUCCUUUCCCCUUUCCUUCCACUUCUAACCCGGUUGUAUCUCUACUCCUCCACUCUUCUUCCACUGUUCCCCCACUACCAUUUUUUUUCCAUUCCCUGUAUUAACUCCUUGGCUUCCACAGGAGGAGGAGGGGAUGGGAACACACUUCACUUCUGGGCCAGCUGCGUAGUCCCCCCCUACAUUCACCUGUGAGGAAGCUGAGAUGGCUUUUAGAUGUCAUGUAAUUUCAGUGGCUGAGUCCAAAGUUCCCGCUUUAGCCUAAGCUAAAGGAAAGUUUGAUUGGAGCCAGGUUUUGUGUUUGGAUGCCAUUUCUUGAUGUCGCUUAAUGACAUGAAUUGCCUUAUUCUAGCCCCUGUGGUUGAAAGCUGGAGGAAGGAGUUCUAGUUUAUCUAAAUAUGUUUAUUUUAGGAUGGUUAUUUUGAGGAUCCAACCUUUGACCUCAGUGUCUUGGAAAGGUUAAAAAAACUGACAGAAAUGGAAAUGUUCUUUUGAAUGCUAUAACCCACCAGAUAUCUCUCUGACUUCUAAAUGCCCCUGCUUAACACUUGGCAUAGCUGUUCUUUGGCACUUAUGUUGAUGCUAUGAUGUGUGUCAGAGGGUUCCUCAGCUUUUGGAUGGAAAAGUGUUGGUGUUUGAUCGAUUUGUGUUCAGAUUUCCUUUUCAUGUUCUUUGAAUGUAUUUGUUUCUGCAUCUUUUGUUUUACUGGAUUUUUUUUUUCUAACCUGUGUUAACAGAAUUGAAUGUGUACAUGUGUUAACAAAGAUGCAGGUCCUCUGUGCCCUAGAGCAUUACUGUAACAGACAAGGACACUUCAGGUAGCUCCCUCAGAAUACCCUAUUACCAUACAGUUUCUGGGGAGGUAUAGAAAUACGGUUUUGUAAAAAGAGUAAAAUAAAGAUAUAUCUCUGCCUUUGUAGUGUGGUUUUCAGUGCAAUUAAAAUGAGGAUUUUCUUGUUUUGUUUUGAGAUAGUAUUUAAAAGACGUCUGACUUUUAUGAUUCAAUUUGCACAUAGCUUUAUCUACUUUUAAACAUUAAUAAACUGAUUUUUAAAAAAAAA